CACUUAUCGCUCCUCAUCCUCUGGUUUUGUGGUCCGUGCCGCCGCCCCUCAAACCCUAGCCUUACCCUGCCGUGAUAUCUCCUCUGGCUUCCUGUCUCCCCUCUCCCUCCCUCCCCGCGAAACCCUAGAAAACCUCGCCCUUUCGGUCUUAUUUUUUUUCUUGCAGACGCGCUUUCAACCUCCUUUCAAUCCCUAAUCGGCGGUUUCCGGUCUCGAAGAAUGGGUGAAGCCAGGGACAACGAUGCUUACGAGGAGGAGCUUCUUGACUACGAUGAGGAUGAGGAGAAGGCUCCCGAUUCUGCCGCUGCCAAGGCUUCCGGUGAAUCGGUGAAAAAGGGUUAUGUUGGGAUUCAUAGUUCCGGUUUCAGAGACUUCCUGUUGAAGCCAGAACUUCUCCGUGCGAUCAUAGAUUCGGGUUUUGAGCACCCUUCUGAAGGUAAUCAGUACUUCCACAUUCCUGAGUUUGGAGAAUGGUAAACCUUUCCAUUAAAAGGAUCCCGAAGGUUAUUUUUUACUUACUGGGGUACUGCUCCAAUUUUGUUUGGUUCUCCGUCAGUACAACAUGAAUGCAUCCCUCAAGCUAUCCUUGGAAUGGAUGUCAUCUGCCAAGCAAAAUCUGGAAUGGGGAAAACAGCUGUUUUUGUUCUUUCAACUCUGCAGCAAAUUGAGCCAGUUGCGGGCCAAGUAGCUGCACUUGUGCUAUGUCAUACCAGAGAAUUGGCCUAUCAGAUCUGUCAUGAAUUUGAAAGAUUCAGCACUUAUUUGCCUGAUAUUAAGGUUGCUGUAUUCUAUGGGGGAGUUCACAUCUUGAAGCACAAGGACAUUUUGAAGAAUGAAUGCCCUCAUAUCGUUGUUGGCACACCAGGAAGAAUACUGGCACUUGCAAGAGAUAAAGAUCUUUCUUUGAAGAAUGUGAGGCAUUUUAUUCUUGAUGAAUGUGACAAGAUGCUCGAGUCCCUUGACAUGCGGAGAGAUGUGCAGGAGAUUUUCAAAAUGACACCUCAUGACAAACAAGUUAUGAUGUUCUCAGCAACUCUCAGCAAGGAGAUCCGCCCUGUUUGCAAGAGAUUCAUGCAAGAUCCUAUGGAAAUAUAUGUUGACGAUGAGGCCAAACUGACACUGCAUGGUUUAGUACAGCACUACAUUAAACUGACCGAGUUGGAGAAGAAUCGGAAACUGAAUGAUCUUUUGGAUGCACUGGACUUCAAUCAAGUUGUGAUCUUUGUGAAAAGUGUGAAUCGAGCAGCGGAGCUGAACAAGUUACUUGUUGAGUGCAACUUUCCAUCAAUCUGUAUACACUCUGGCAUGUCACAGGAAGAAAGGUUGACCAGGUAUAAGAAUUUCAAGGAAGGUCUCAAAAGGAUUCUUGUUGCUACUGAUCUGGUUGGCAGAGGAAUUGAUAUUGAGCGAGUCAACAUUGUAGUAAACUAUGACAUGCCAGAUUCUGCAGACACCUACCUGCACAGGGUUGGAAGGGCUGGGCGAUUUGGUACCAAAGGACUUGCCAUUACAUUCGUCUCAUCAGCUUCAGACUCUGAUGUUCUUAAUCAGGUCCAAGAGAGGUUUGAGGUGGACAUAAAGGAGCUGCCAGAGCAGAUUGACACUUCCACAUACAUGCCCUCAUGAUGAACCUCCUUAAAGUUGCUCCGGUAAACUGGUUGGGAUGAGGACGAUGACCUUGGAGCAAUGAUGUAAAAGUUUCACUAGAAUUGGUUGUAGAAGUUCAUUUUGGAGCAGGUUGUGUUAGGAGCGGUAAUUUUAAAACGUAGACGCUGCUGUAGCUUUUUACAGCUUUAACAAUAGAUUGGAUGGUUUACUUGUUGCUUUAGUUACUUUAACAAACGAUCAUGUUCUAAGAAUCCUAUAUAUCCGUAGAUCUAAUCCUUAUACGCUGCUUGGCAUAA